AUGGACCGCGGCCGCCCAGCUGGCAGCCCCCUCCGCGCCAGCGCCGAGCCCGCGCCCCUGGCCGCCGCCAUCCGCGACUCGAGUCCCGGGCGGACUGAGCCGGGACCGGCAGGCCCCGGGGGCGGCUCGCGUUCCGGGAGCGGGCGGCCGGCGGCGGCGAAUGCGGCGCGGGAGCGCAGCCGGGUGCAGACCCUGCGGCACGCUUUCCUGGAGCUGCAGCGCACGCUGCCGUCCGUGCCGCCCGACACCAAGCUGUCCAAGCUGGACGUGCUGCUGCUGGCCACCACCUACAUCGCGCACCUCACCCGCAGCCUGCAGGACGACGCCGAGGCGCCGGCGGACCCCGGGUUGGGCGCCCUGCGCGGCGAUGGCUACCUGCACCCGGUCAAGAAAUGGCCCAUGCGAUCAAGAUUGUACAUCGGUGCUACUGGUCAAUUUCUGAAGCAUUCUGUUUCUGGAGAAAAAGCAAAUCAUGACAACACUCCAACAGACUCACAGCCUUAGGCUCUCCCCUGAUGGAGGCUGGUAGAAGUGGUGGCUAUUGUUUUUAAAUACUGUGACAUAAUUCUAUAUUUAUUAUAUGAGACAUAACAAAAUUUCUGAAAGUUUACAUGUGAACCCAUAGUUGGAUGUUCGGGUUUAUCUGUCUAAAUGUGGAAUGAAAUAAUCAGUGUUAUAUAAAACAC